CUUUCAUUUUUUAAUUUGUUACCGUUUCUUCUCUGUUUCGUUUUAAAACCUCUCCAAAUAAUAAGCUCUCUCAUUCAUACUCUGUUCCAUCUCUCUCUCUCUCUCUGAGUCUGAUCUUCAUCUCACUUUCCGAUUUUACCCUCACAUUACCUUCAAAUUCUCCAUCUCCCUACCCCUUCUUACGAGAUGUCUGUAGUCUCAAAGCUUCGUUCUCCGGUUAAACCAAUGGCUGUUGAGUCUCGAGCUAUCCUCUGUUCAACUGGGAACAGAUUCAAGGUUACGAACACAGAGAUUACAAAGAAGCCACCACAACAGACGCAAUCUCCGGCGACGAAGAAGAAGAAGCCGGACUCGAGUUUCUCAGUUUCGACUGAUGAUUCAUCUUCUUCCACUUCAUCCUCGGAACGUUCAACGGUGAAGACGACGAACUCUGGGAAAAUCAUAACUCCGUCUAAACGGAACGGAGUAGUAACUACGAAGCUCAAUGAUGUCGUCGCCGUCGCCGUCGUUGAGGACAUUUCUCCUAAAAUUCCGGGACCGGUCAAGAGAUGCCACUGGAUCACACCUAAUUCAGACCCGAUCUACGUGUUGUUCCAUGACGAGGAAUGGGGUGUUCCAGUUCGUGACGACAAUAAACUCUUCGAGCUACUUGUGUUCUCACAAGCAUUGGCUGAGUUUAGCUGGCCUUCAAUCCUUCACAAAAGAGAGGACUUUAGGAAGCUUUUUGAAGAAUUUGAUCCUUCAGCUAUAUCACAAUUCACAGAGAAGAGGUUGACGUCUCUUAGAGUAAACGGGUGUCUAAUUCUAUCCGAGCAGAAGCUGCGAGCAAUUGUAGAGAACGCGAAAUCAGUUCUUAAGGUCAAGCAAGAAUAUGGAUCAUUCAGCAAUUAUUGUUGGAGAUUUGUGAACCACAAGCCAUUAAGAAAUGGCUAUCGUUAUGGUCGUCAAGUGCCGGUUAAGUCGCCAAAGGCAGAGUACAUAAGCAAAGAUAUGAUGCAGAGAGGGUUUCGCUGCGUUGGUCCUACUGUUAUCUAUUCCUUCUUGCAGGCCUCUGGCAUUCUGAAUGAUCAUCUCACUGCUUGUUUCAGAUACCAAGAAUGUAAUGUUACUGAGAAUGAACUGAAAGAAAAGCCUUGAGAUGGCCACCAAACUGGAUUUCCAUUCUCCACGACUUGUUUGAUCAGCAACAGGGGAUUGGAUAAUUAAGAAGAUGAGUGACCAGAGUUUGUAGCAUUUGAUUAUGAAAUGUAGCAUUUGUAGCUAGCUCUGUUUAUUGAUUUGUGUUUUUCUUCUAGCUAGCUUUGUCUAACUAGUUUAUUUGAUGAUACUUAUGUGUUAGUGUUUGACAAACAGAUUGAUUGCAGAGAAUAAAGAAUUUAACAUUUUGUAAAA